AUGAUCCUAUUGACCCAAAAACAUGAAACAACCCCCCCCCCCGAAAAUGCGCACGCAGAAUCCACGCUACAUUCCAGGUUGGUCCAGAGAGCAGACUCACCCAAAGAUCGAUCAACUUCGGCGCACCGAGAAUCCUCGCCUGGAAAAACACUGGGGAUUCCCGCAAGCGCACUGGAGAUUUCUCUCCUCGCGGACGUCGAAUGGCAGAUCCCAUCGGGAACUCGAGUGCGCCUGGAAUCUGUUCUGGUGAAUUUUCUCGCCCCCCAACCCGCCCUGAAAAGUGUGCCAGUAGGCCGAGAGCCGCACUGCGACAAAAUGGACAACCGGAGAUCUUUUGAUAGCGGAUUGAUGGAACAAGCUCUGCCCAUCCCAGUUCAACUUUAUCUUUGGCGUCAAUUGAGACCAUUUACGCGGGCCAAGCUUGGAAAAUUACACGAGGCAUCAUGCACAUUUUGUCAAAAUGCGCCUGGCCAUCAUGAAAUGAAAGAAGCUAGCACGUUAUUCGUGUACUUAUUUGCGCCUCUGAGCAACCAUCUAAAAGACAUAGACUUCAAGAGCAACCUGAGGCUUGAGAACGGAGUUAAAAUUUGGGAGCCAAUGAACGAGUACCGGCACCCGGAAAAUCCUUGUUUCACAGCUCACUGUCGACCUAAGCCUCGCUCUCUCUGGUGGAAGACUUCGAGGCUCGGAAAGCAGAGUACUGAUAUUUUUGUUGGGGUCAAGAAGAAAAAUGAGGAUGAUGAAACUCCGCCGAGCCAAACUAUCAGUAUGUGUUUUACUGAACAGAAUUUACCUGCGAAUAAACAAGAAGAUGAUAACAAUUGGGUCUCUUCACCAAAGGAUACUGUUUUUCCUGAAACAAUUCCUGAAGAAAGUUCAAGUACUGAAGAUGAAAAUGUAAUAUAUCGAAUGCCUUUUCCUGACCAUGAUAAAAAUUCUGACGGAGUUAAAAAAGCAGAAGCGAGUAUUCUUCACGUAGCCAUGGGUCGCUCGAGUAAAUCUUUGGAGUCAACAUUAACUAUCGAGCGAGUUGGAUUCGACAGAUCGGAUGAGAAAACAUUAACUACAUUGCAAUUUGGGAUCAAAAGCAAGACAAAAGCUGAUAAGAAUGAAAAAAACCAAGAAAGUGUUAAACAAAAACCACCUUCAGUAACUCAAGAAUCUGAACCUGAGCAAAAUGAUACGAGUCAGCAAAAUCGUGCUACUGGAGGAGGCAUUGUCGAUAUCCGCGCUGCUACUUUUAUGGAUGUCGCAGUUUUAAGAUGUCUUUUUAUUUCUCAAUACAUCGGAGACACUAAAGUCGAGAGGAAGCAGAGCAGAUUUUACAGUCAAUCUUGCGCAGCACCAAAUCCUAUCAUCACUGUCACUGAACACACGCCGACCCCUUCGCCUGAUUAUUUAAAACGCCAGGGAUCAAUGGACAGCCAGUUGGACUCGAUCAGCAUCCACGGAAGCAGACUGAGCUCAGAACGGAAGCCAAGUUUGACCCGAUCUCAAACAGACUCUAAUAUCACUUACUUGGGGGAUGAAAUUCCAGAGGCGCCUGGUUCUGCUUACUACAUCACUAAGGAAGGUGACAUUGACUACCAAAUUGUACUUAAGGCUGUUCAUUCGGUUGCUUUGAGAGAUGGGACAUAUUGCACCCUUCGGGUCUGCGAGAGUAUUCUUAAUUUGGUAGAGCUAUUGAUGGAGAUGGGUGUAUUGAAACAGUGCUUUGGAGAUGAAGCUAGUAAUGCUGUUAAAAAAAAAUUUUUUUUAGGAUCAAUGGACAGCCAGUUGGACUCGAUCAGCAUCCACGGAAGCAGACUGAGCUCAGAACGGAAGCCAAGUUUGACCCGAUCUCAAACAGACUCUAAUAUCACUUACUUGGGGGAUGAAAUUCCAGAGGCGCCUGGUUCUGCUUACUACAUCACUAAGGAAGGUGACAUUGACUACCAAAUUGUACUUAAGGCUGUUCAUUCGGUUGCUUUGAGAGAUGGGACAUAUUGCACCCUUCGGGUCUGCGAGAGUAUUCUUAAUUUGGUAGAGCUAUUGAUGGAGAUGGGUGUAUUGAAACAGUGCUUUGGAGAUGAAGCUAGUAAUGCUGGAUCAGGUCAAGACAACGAAAAGCAAGAGCACAAGCACGACUCUCCAGUAAACGACCAAGACCCGCGAAAUGACCUGGAAGGUCGAAACUGGAACGCCCACGCUUUGAUGCUGAAUUGUGUCUUCCGGGUGAUAAAACACUUGGGGUGUCCUCACGGCUGCGCGGAUGGAAUCAGGGGUGCCCAAGCGGACUUCUGCAGGUCCCAAGUCUCCAGCUUGCUCAGCAAGCUCUUCCACAGCAGCUCAAGGCAGUUCUCAAGGACUCUGAGGUUGAUGGUUCGCAACCAGCCUAUCUCGGAGAUCCUCGAGCUUUUUCACUCUUAUGUUGGCUUCUGCGUGGAACCUAGCUCAUUGCUAUCUCCUUUGAAUCAAAAAAGGAACACCCUUGUCACUAGAUUUGUUUCAAGCUCUCAGGAGUUCAAGUCCCAGGAAAAUAUUUCUGUCUACUGUGAUAUCAAACAAUUUAUAACUUAUGUAAAAGAAAACCAUGGUGGUGUCUUUCGACGAGUAGCACUUAGUGGAAUUUUAGAUUCUUCAGACAAGCCAAAUAAACGAUGUAAUUCGAGUAUUAUAACUACUAGAUUGCAGAGUUUAUUAGAAACAGAAUUGGGUGAAGAAAAUACAAAAAUAAGCCAAAGUCCCCUAGGAAAUCUACGAAAAAAGCAUCUCUUAACACCACGACAAAGUGAGCGAAAUCUCGGAAUCGGUGAGACCUGUGUUUCAAGAAAAGCACGAAAAUCAACGCGGUUCCAGCUUGGAGGAAUAGUAAAUUGGUUCAGACGCGAGUACGGAAGAACUGAUUCAACCGACAGCCAUGACAGCAGCGAAUCGCCCAGCGAGGGAAAUUUUAUCAGACAGGCCAGUUUUCACCGGGGUCAUUACCGUGUCACUCGUCCAGGUCGCGGAGUUGGACAGACUCUGCAGCGAGCCAAGCGUCGGAUGGAAAGUAAACUAAACAAAAUCGGCUUUAGAAAAGGAAAAAAGAAAGAAAGUCUUGAAGAAGCUCCACAUAAUUAUUUUAGCAGAAGAAAUUCAAUGGACCUCGGAGAUGCAUCUCGGGAGUCAGAAUUUGUAGUUUUAAAAGAAAGACGGCUGGUACCUCGCGAAGCAGUAUUCGAAGGGAUGAAACGUUUUUCAUUUUUGUUAGAAACUUGCCAACCUGGUUCACCUCACGCUCCAGUGGUAGCCAGAGCAUCAUUGCUGCUAGAGUGUGCCCACUUGGUCCACCAGUGUAACAAAGGCCACUGGCCAACCUGGAUGAAGAUCAACCUCCCGAUAUUCCGACCAUCAAUUGCCAUGAGCACCAGAAACGCUCCCAGUGGCUUAAGACGGACUCAUGUUCUCCAACGAGCUGCUGGGAAACUAUUUUACCAGUGGGCUGAAGCUAUCAGUGCGCGGCUAGAAGAAUUCAUGAAUGAAGACAAGAAAAAUGUUGAUCAGAUUAUUGCUUUGGUUAAUGACGAGUCGAAGCAGAGGGAGCUGUGCCCAGUAGCAUUGAGGAUGGUAGCGUGCAUCCUUCUCCUCGAAAUAACAGCAUUCCUGCGGGAAACCUACCAAACGCUUCCAAAAUCAUCGCGACUGUCAACGAAAGAGCGUCCAGCACCUUGGGAGAGGAUGUACAGCCGAGAAGCGAAUCGUCGUUGGAGCAUGGCGUUAUCCUCAAUGGGUCACUCCCAGACGUCAGCCCAGAGUCUGCAGUCUAUAGCCGGGGACCGCGAGACUGCUGGUGAGUUGAGGGAGUUGAUCGAACGGGGCUCAUGGAGCUACGCUAAUCCCAUCACCAAUAUAUAUCAUCAACCAUCUGACUCAAUCGCCCUCGACUUUCGAUCAGAGCGAAAAAUCAGCUUUGUCCUCCACGAGCCAGACAACGAGUCCGAGGGUAGCAGUAAGUCGACCGUCACAAUACAACCCGACGAUACCAUGACCCACCAACAGCAGCUGAUUAAUGACGCGAUCCUCAGUCGGACGAGCGACAAGAAACGCGUCUCUGCGACGCCCAGCGGUAGACCUUUCUUACUUCGACGCGGUACUGCCGGCAAUACUGGAUCAUUCAAGCGACGUAGUCUUAAAUUAAGACGUAAUACUAAAGAGGGAAAAGACAUGGAGUGCGAGGCUUACUCCUGUAGAAUUGUUCGAUCGAUAGAUGCAGUGAGACGAGCAGACUCGAUCCAGUCCAAGCGGAAGGUCAGCUCGCUAUCAGACCGAAGUGACACUUCCGAGCAAUACGCUGGAGAAGUCAGCGGCGAGGAGUCUCCGGGAAUUCUCAGUGAUGACCAGCCUCCAGAGAGUCCGAGUGACUCCAACGACACCGAUGACACCAACAAGAACUUCCCCUGGAUGAAGGUUUUGGUCCAGUUCACCGCGACCUCCAAUUUUUUUUGCUCUCAUCAGAACUUCUGCCACCCGUACUGUCACCGGCGGCAGAUGCGCGCUUGUGCCCGGCUUAUUAAGUCGGUGAGAAAAGUCUACGGGGAAGAGUUUGGAAUUAUUAAUGGCGCUUCUACGUUUGACUUCGAUGGGGAUUGUAAGAAGGACGGAGAUGGGAAAAAGGAUAAAAGGGUCAGAAAAGUUUCUGAUCAAACUAGCGCUCAGGUUUCGCCUGUCAGGAGGAAGGAUAGCCGAUCAUUAGUGACAGCUACUAAGACUAGAAAAAAACAACAAACAGAGUUGAUAAAGAAGGCAUUACAGGCACAGGAUGAUAAGAAGCGCGAGGAGCGAGAGAAUUUUUUGAUAACAACAAUACCCAUCACAGUCCAGGCUGCGUACGAGCCGAGUCCCGUCGGGGACGACCACGACGAAGGCAACGCCGACGACGAGAGCGGUGAGACCCAGCCGAGGAACACGACUCAUCACGGGCAGUCCGCGCUCUCGCUCUUUCCCUCAUCACUAUGCUCCGCGAUCGUCCAGAUCAUCAACCUCCUCGACGACGCCGCCGUCUCCGACGACGGCAACGCCGUCUACGAGGUCGCCUACCAGGUCAUCUGGAGCUGCCUGGUUGAAGACAGCGCCCUCUUUCUUCGGUACGUCCUCGAGCGGCUCACUCGCGAGAAACAGGAGCUCAUGUUCAAGAUUUUAAGGCAUCUCAUCAGAUUUGUACCGAAGCUUCCUCAGCAAGCCGCUUUUGCAUUGUAUAAUUACAUCAUAGGUUAUGUUAUGUUCUACGUGAGGUCGCCGCAUGAAGAAGGACAGAAACAUAUUGGAACUGCUUUGUCCAUUCUUUGGAUGUGCGACGCGUCAAUACUACUCACAGCUAAUGUUCCCUCCGCGAAGAAGAUUAUCGUACAUGGUCCUCAAGACCCUGACGCUGGAGGUAUUCCUUCGCAGUUUCCUGUUCAGGAAGACACUCAGUUUUGUCAGAUUCUACGGGAGUCAUUGGAUUUCUUCGGGAUCGAGGAACAUAAGCACAAAGAGUACUUUCUGGUAGACUACAAAACCCACCAGAUCCACAACCCCUCGUCCUACGUCAGAGAUUACUAUUUCUUCAAAAGGUCGCAGUACCCUCAGUUGGAACUGAUCCACAUGAAGCCCGAGGACGCCUUUAAUGCUCUGCAGCGGCAGGAGCUUGUUCACAAGUUUGUGGAAAUUGGUAAAGUCCUGCUGACCUGGGCAAUUUUGAAAAACGUCGAUAUGGUGGUUCAAAGGGUGGAAUUGCUGGGCUUGGACGUGAUGCACAAAUUUAUGUGGGUGAGACUAAUAGCCCGAAUGUUCGAAGCGAUGGCAGGGAACUUUGCCUACUCUGGAGACAUCCACCUGUUCCUGAACGUCCUAAACGGAGCAAUAAUCCUCCACAGUGAAGAUUCCUGCAUCUUGCGCUACGUAGUAGCGACUUACAUAAACGCGGCUCACAAUUUCAAGAACAUAUUCUCGACAAACGGGUAUUUAUUGAUAAUGCCGACUUUAUUGCAACUGUACUCGACUCACCAGACCAACAAGCUGGUCACCACGACCGUCGAGUACGCAGUCAAGCAGUUUUACCUGAUGAACCGCAAGCCUUUCAUCCUCCAGAUGUUCGGCAGCGUUUCCACUAUUCUGGACACUGACGAGACCAGCACUCACGGGGAAGCUCACAAGGUCCCUUCUAUAUGCCUCUUCAACCUCCUGAUGAGCUUAGAGACACCCUCGCCCGACCCGCUCAACAUCGGCGAGCUUGUCAAGGAGGAAAAACCUCUCAAGGCUAUUGAUUUUUGCUAUCAUGAUGAAACAGAAAUGGUUUCUGUCCUAGAUUGCAUCUCGCUUUGUGUUAUGGUGAUUGCUUAUGCAGCUGAUUCUAUUCGCGGACAACAAAUGUUGACUAUCCUGGAAGCAAUUUUGCCUUGCUACGUCCAGCAAAUUCAACUCCCGACUUACAACCGUGAAGGAAAAACCGAGAAGGAGAUAAUAAACCAACUUGCAAUUGCUGUUAAAACUCUCGUAAAUAAUUCCGAGGCUUUGACCAAGUACUACAACGGCCCGCAAAAGUCCAGUCCGGAGCACAAAGGCUCGAGCCAGAGGAAUUACGGCAAGGGUCCUUACUCCCCCGGGUUCGAGUACGAGGACGAAAUUCACACGGCAAAGUAUCUAGAACACACCAAAGUCAGAACUUUCUACGAGCGGGACAAUGAUGACGCUGAGAGUUCUCAUAAAAAUGAAUUCAGGCGACCCAGAGACACUUUACUCAACAUUGUCGGGGAUUUUGUCGCUAGAACUUCUGUUAGACUCGCUGAGCUUAAUAAAAAGUCUCAGGAUGGAAAAACUAUCGAGUUGUUGGACUCCAAGUGUCAUGUGUGGUCAAACGACGACAUGCGUCCAGCUUUAACAAUAAUCUUGCGCCGACUUGACAAAACCUUCAGUAAAAUCUACAAAAAGGCUUCGGUCCGUCGCAAUACAGACUGGGAGGCAGCCAGCGAUUUGCUGAAAGGAAUUUACGAGACUCUAUCUCGGUACCCUUACAUCGCGCACUUUCAGUACUUCAAGACCCUGCUGAGUACCUGCCAAGCUUUGAUAGUCGGCGACACUGGCCUGGUAGAAGUUACAUCCGGAGCUUCAGCGGCUUUAAUGAGCAAGAUUCCGCCUCAGCACUUCUGUUCGACGGUCCUGAGGCUGAUUGCCUUGCACGUGAUCUCUCUGGGGGAUGGAUACUCCCUGGAAAAUGUCUGUGGAGGCUCGACUAUGUUCGCUUCUCAAACACGCACGGAGAAUAUGUUACUUAAUCUUUUGAUUCCACUUUUUUUGAGGGUUGGAACCGGCCGCAAAGAUGUUCCGAAAUUACGCCCGGCGGAUCUUAGCUUCGCUUUGAUUGCUGUUUUGAACACUUUGUGGCCCACCGGAACAAAAACUAUGCCCAUGGCUAUGCAGAAUUUGAAAGCUACUACCGAUAUGAGGGCAGGAAGUCUUACUUUUGCUGCAAGAGAUACUAAAAUUUCUACUAAAUUAUCCAUGUCUUUAUAUCAAGUUGCUUUUUUGGCGUCAAUCCACCUGUGGAACUUCCUUGAGUUUGUAGUGACCCAUCGAACGGCUCUUUACAUCCAAAUGCUUCCUUUCAUCGUCCACAAAAUUGGCCAGCCUCCAAUAUCCGAGCACGAGCGCAACAUGCAAACAAUAAUCCGUGGUAAAAUCAACGGCGAUACUCUAGCCUAUCCCAAAUCCCGGGGAACACUUCUUGGAGACUUACUUCACGAGCUACGAGACAUGAAGGAAGAAAUUGAAGACCGUAAAUUUGAGCCAAAGAGAAGCGUGGUAGACAUGCACCCAGGAGCCCCAAAUGCCGACGGUCAGCCGCGAACUCAGCGCCCGUCUCUCCUAAACGACCUAUGGAGCGGCGACCUAGCUUCCAAAGCCCACAUCAAUAGAACUCCUGCAGAAACUCCAGGGUCUCAUUCAACAACUCUCCACUCGAUCCAGCAGUCGUUGAACUCCGGAAGCGCUCGGUCUUUAAUGCCCAGCCAAGGCUCCGCUCCGAACGGUGCCACCAGAGCCAUGAGAAGAAACAUUGAUGGGGUUGUCACCUUGACUGCUCCGUAUCUCAAAUUGUCGGUCCUAGGAUCGGUCUCCAGUGGCGGGUCCUCCACUCUUAAGGACACUCCCGCUCCUGAUAAUGCUAAUCAGGUUAAGUCUGACGAAAAUCCACCCAACGAGCCGCCAGUUGGAACGAGCCAUUGUCAAGAGCACUGCCUUUAA